GCGCCGCGCUGCGUCUCCCGGACCCGCAGGAUGGAGGUGCUGAACCAGUUGGUGGCCGGGGGGCAGUUCCGGGUGGUCAAGGAGCCCCUGGGCUUCCUCAAGCUGCUGGAGUGGGGUGGAGCACCCCCAAAAUUUACUCUUGGGGGGGGGGGCUUUGGGCUGCACCAGGUGUAUUUCGAGGCUCCCUCGUGCGGGGGGGGUCCCCCCGAGCGGGUGUUCCUGGUGGGCGACCACUCCUCGGCCGCUCAGUUCUUCGUCACCGUCGGGGUCGGUUCCUUCCUCUACGCCCCCGCCGCUCUCGGGGGGUACCUGUUCGCCCCCCAGGCCUACCGGGCGGGGGGCCGGGGACCCCGAAUUGACCUGGGAGUGACGGCAGCUCUGGCCUUCCUGUGGCUGGUCAGCUCCUGUGCCUGGGCGGCCGCGCUGGCCGAGGUCAAGGCGGCCACGGCGCCCUCGGGGGUGCUGGCCCAGGUCGGGGGGUGCCAACGCCCGGGGGCGCGGUGCCAGGCUCUGGGGGCACCCCGAACCUCCGGCCUCAACACCUCUGUGGUGUUUGGCUUCCUGAACCUGGUGCUCUGGACGGGGAACCUGUGGUUCGUCUUCAAGGAGACGGGCUGGGGGGGCCUGGGGGCCCGCGCCCCUCCCCCGGGGGGGGUCCCCGAAAAAGCCCCGGCUCCAGAAGGGGGGUACGGACCCCCCGAGGGGGGCUACGGCCAGCCCGGGGGGGGCUACCAGCCCGACUACGGCCAGGGGGGGUACGGGGCACCCCCCUCAGAGGGGGGGUACGGCCAGGGAGCCCCCACCUCCUUCGCCAAUCAGAUGUAG